CAGAUGGAGUGCCUGCUGAGGUGCAUGCAGGAUCAGGAGACGGGCGUCACUGUGAGGAACGUGAAGAUAUUCAUGAACAAAAUACCAAGCGUAUUCACUGGUUCAGACGUCAUAAACUGGAUGUCAAGGAACUUGGACUGUGACGACGCAAACGAUGCCCUCCACCUGGCACACCUGCUGGCCACCCACGGGUACAUCUUCCCGAUCGAUGAUCACGUGCUUACCGUCAAAAAUGACAACACUUUCUACAGAUUCCAGACACCAUGCUUGUGGACGAGUGCUUGCAUGGAACCUGACGAAACUGACUACGCUGUCUACCUGUGCAAGCGGACUAUGCAGAACAAACAGAGGCUGGAGUUGGCAAACUUCGAAGCUGAGAAUCUUGCAAAACUGCAGAAGUCGUUGGCGCGCAAAUGGGAGUUGAUUUAUUUGCAGGCUGAAGCACAAGCUAAAGUGGACAAGAAGAGGGACAAGUUAGAUCGGCAGAUACUGGACAGCCAGGAGAGAGCCUUUUGGGAUGUCCACCGACCCGCACCCGGAUGUGUGAACGCAACGGAGGUAGACAUCAAAAAGACGUGCCGCACGCUGAAACAAGUGAAAACGUUCAACAAGGUUCGUUCCUCUUUUUUCAUUUCAUGGCUGUCUCUCUCUCUCUCUCUCUCCUCUCUCUCUCUCUCUCUCCCUCUCCCACACAAACACUAUGUUUUUAGACAUUAUGUCGAACAUCUGAGGAGGCUUCUCGACCGGCGGAGAAUAAAAAUCUCAAAAUCUGCAGAAAGUUAUAUGUCGUAUUACGAGCUGUACAAAGAGUUUGAUGCAUUUGUGACUUCGUUGGAUCCUUCAAACCCCUGGCUAUCCGACAGCACUGAACUCUGGGAACAGGAAACUACACUGAAAGAAAUUCCCCACCGACAAGUGAAUAGGUGGAGUUUUUCCAUCCACGAGCUUUUGAAGGAUUCUGCUGGCAGGGAACACUUUAUGCAGUUCCUUGAGAAAGAAUUCAGUGCCGAAAAUUUGAAAUUCUGGGAGGCCUGCCAGCAAGUAAAAAAAGUUCCGCUGAGCUUAGUUGAGGAGACUGUCAGGGGCAUUUACAACGAAUUCCUAGCACCAGGAGCUAUAGAUCCGGUCAAUGUUGAUAGCCACGUAGCUGAUAUAGUGAAACAACGAAUCGAGCAAAAAAUAGAUCGAUACUGUUUGGAUGUGGCAGAGGAGCACAUCUACAAGUUGAUGAAGAACGACAGUUAUAAUCGAUACGCAAGAUCGGACAUGUACAAGGAGCUGAUGACCAGAGCCAAGAAAAAAGUUUGUGGGGAUGAAUGA